GUUCAGUCUGAAGUUAACAAUGUUCAACACUAGACUUGCCAUUUUUUUGCUUCUUAUCGUUGUUUCGCUUAGCCAAGCUAAGGAAAGCCAACCCUUUGACUUUUUCGAAGGAACCUAUGACGAUUUUAUUGAUUGUCUGAGAAUCAAUAAUAUUACCAUUGAAGAGUAUGAGAAGUUUGACGAUACCGACAAUUUGGAUAAUGUCCUCAAGGAAAAUGUCGAACUGAAGCACAAGUGCAACAUUAAGUGUCAACUGGAAAGAGAGCCAACCAAAUGGCUAAAUGCUCGGGGUGAAGUCGAUCUGAAAUCAAUGAAAGCAACCAGUGAGACAGCGGUAUCCAUAUCAAAGUGCAUGGAGAAGGCUCCCCAAGAAACCUGUGCCUACGUCUAUAAAUUGGUAAUAUGUGCAUUCAAAUCCGGACAUUCAGUCAUCAAGUUCGAUUCAUAUGAACAAAUACAAGAGGAAACCGCUGGACUAAUAGCUGAACAGCAGGCGGAUCUGUUUGAUUACGAUACCAUCGAUUUAUAAAAUCAAAACAAUGUCGCCAUAGUCACAGU